GCUUUCGUUACAUCAUCAUGUGGCUUGCUUUCUUUAGCUCCUGUUUUUCAUGGGGAGAGCGGCCGAGGAAUUUGUGCAAAACAAGGCACGGUCUGUGAACCCGAGCUCUAUUUUGGAACGAGGUUUGUUUCCCCUGUGGCCACGGGUUGGUAGGAGGGAGGAGAAGACCGAGAGGCAAAACAGAAGGAACGGCAAAAGUGGGAUUAUUACUUUCCCCUCAGCGUACGGGAAGGGUAAGGGCGGCGGGACACCGCUGGGUGGAACUGCCCGUUCACGUGGGGAGCCAGCCCGGCUCGGGAGCGGAGCCAGGGGCUUGUUUACUCCCCGUCCCGACCCGUUCCGCAGCAGCAGCGCGGCGCGGCCGUGCGCGAGCCGCUCUUCCUCCCACGGCGACCGUUAGCGGCCUCGCGUCCCUCUCCCGAGGGGCGGUGGCACGAGCGCUUGUCGCCGCCGCUAACACGCCGCGGCACCGCCCCACCCCCUGCGCUAGAGGGGCGGGGGGGGGGCACAAGGGAAGGGAGGCCACGCUCCCCUCCCUCAGCCAAUCGGAGCGGGGGAUGCCUCCUCGCGCCGCUGACGCCCCCUCGGGAGCCCCCCUUUUAAAAUAAAGCGGCGGCCGUGGGGCGGGAAGGGCAGGACUGAGGAGGAAGGGGUGCGCGCGUGCGCGCACACGGGCACAGAAGCGCUGCGGGUAUGCGCGCAGCCCCCGCGGGCAGCGGCUGAGGCGGGCGGGGGGCUGCCGGGAGGAAGGAGCGGCUCGGCUGAGGAUGGCGCCGGUGAGCGAACAGCUGCCGCCGCAGGGCGACGGGGGUCCCGUGGCCGCCUCCAGCCCUCCGAUGGAACCGCGGCGAGAGAACGGCGGGGAGCGGUGCGCGGGGGGCGAGAGCGCGGCCGUACCGCGGGCGGCGGCCGAACCCCCCGAGGGCGGCUGGGGCUGGGUGGUGAUGCUGGCCGCCAUGUGGUGCAACGGCGCCGUCUUCGGCAUCCAGAACUCGUGCGGGGUCCUCUUCGUCUCCAUGCUGCAACUCUUCGGCGGCGGGCAGGACAAGCAGAUGGCCUUCAAAACAGCAUGGGUGAGCUCGCUCUCUAUGGGAAUGGUCUUCUUCUGUUCUCCAAUAGUCAGCAUAUUCACAGACCUGUUUGGUUGUCGAAAAGUUGCUGUUAUUGGAGCUGCGUUAGGUUUUGUUGGACUCCUUUCAAGUUCUUUUGUAAGCACCAUUGAACCUCUGUAUUUCACCUAUGGAAUAUUAUUUGCCUGUGGCUGCUCAUUUGCAUACCAGCCGUCUUUGGUCAUUCUUGGGCACUAUUUCAAGAAACGCCUUGGACUAGUGAAUGGCAUCGUCACUGCAGGCAGCAGCUUGUUCACUGUGUCACUGCCCUUCCUCUUGAGAGUUUUGAUUGAUUCUGUUGGCCUGUUCAACACAUUACGGGUCCUGUGCAUCCUCAUGUUUAUUCUAUUUCUGGCUGGCUUUACAUACAAGCCCCUUGUUUCCAACACCAAAGACGAAGGAGAAAAGAAGGGCAAGUUCAGAUUUCCUCCUGAAAAAAAGAUUUUCAAUUUCUCCAUUUUCAAAGUCAUGAGUUACCGAAUCUGGGCUUUUGGGAUUCCUGCUGCACUUUUUGGAUACUUUGUGCCUUAUGUUCACUUGAUGAAACAUGUGGAAGACAGAUUUGGUGACAGUGUACAAGAAGAAGUGCUUCUGCUGUGUCUGGGCAUUACUUCAGGAAUUGGCCGACUGAUCUUUGGCAGAGUUGCAGAUUAUAUUCCUGGUGCAAAAAAAGUUUAUUUACAGGUGACAUCAUUCUUCUUUAUUGGCUUGAUGUCAAUGAUGAUUCCAGUGUGCCACAUCUUUGGAGGUCUCAUUGCUGUCUGUCUCUUCAUGGGCCUGUUUGAUGGGUGCUUCAUUUGCAUUAUGGCUCCAAUUGCCUUUGAGCUCGUUGGGGCUCAGGAUGUCUCCCAGGCCAUAGGAUUUCUCCUUGGACUCAUGUCAAUACCUAUGACAGUUGGUCCACCCAUUGCAGGUUUGCUUCGUGAUCACCUAGGUACCUACGAUGUGGCAUUCUACCUGGCUGGAGUCCCCCCACUUAUUGGUGGAGCGAUAUUAUGCAUCAUCCCCUGGGUUCACGAACGGCAGAAGUUGAAAGAAAGAACAAAAACUGUUGAUGGAGAAACUACUGAGAAAAUGCUGGAAAAUGAAAGCACUUUGGUGUCAGAUGCUGUGGAAAAGCCAGUCAAAGAAAUGGAAUCAGGUGUUUGACGCUUUCUUUUCCUGUACCAGACGGACUUUGUUCUACCAAAGCUACAUUUCUACUUUUUGGCUGAAGAUACUACAUGAUACUAAAGAAGUUCCAAACUGCUGAAAUUGAAAAACUGCUCUAAGAAUCUUUUAUACCAUUGAACUUUUUUUGAUGAGUCAUUGAGUUUGAUUUCAAGCCACGUUUUCAGAGUAUUUGAAGUUUUGUAGCAUUAGUGUGUACAUGUGUAGUGAUUCUGUGUGUGAAGAGAAUAUUUUUCUAAUUCAUCAGACUGUAUUUCUUGGAAGUAUGGAAGCUGUGUUUGGUUCACUGACCCAGGAUUCUUCAGUAAGUUCUAUGCUCCACUCAAUGCAGGCACACCCAGGGGUGUUUUAUACUGGAACAUUUAGUACCUCUUAAAACUGAUUUAAUUUUUGAAGUUUCUCAUGCUGUUUUACAGUCUUUCAGAAUUCUGUAUCGUGAUUCUAUUUAGUGGGGAAAUAUUGGUGGUAGGUGGAUGGUCGUACUGCAUGAUCUUCAGGACUUUUCCAACCUUGGUGAUUCUAUGGUUCUAUGAAGGUGAAUAUGAAUAUUUUAGAUUCCCUUAGCUCUUGCUGAAAUCAUUUAGCGUUACAAAGCUAAAUUAUUAAACAUCUGUUUUGUUUUCUCUAAAACCCCCAGAUGGCUCAGUUUAAUCAUUCACUUAUUUUUUACAUUGAUUCACCUUUUCACAAUAGCCUGAACAAAGAGAUGACAUUUGGGAUGGAAACAGAUUUUGGAUAUGCACAAACUGAGCUUAGAAUGCAAGCACAUUUGGAAGUAAAGCUGCUGAAUUACAGAUUCUUGAAACUUUUUGUUAAUGCAAUACUAUUGACGUGUAUUAUCAUUUUUUUUCAGCUAAAUGUCAGGAUACCUGACGAUAGUUUUGAAAUUGUACUGAUGGCAGUACUUCAGAGCAGGAUUGUGAAUGAGUCUAAAUUUCAAAUUAUCCUGUUGUACCCUUUAGCUUUUUAUUUUUUUUUUGUCCUUAAAAUGGAGACAGCUUUAAAGAUACAUUCUAAGUGCAAUAAUAUGAAAUUGUUCUCAACAUGUAGAAAUAAAGGUGAGCUAUUAAAACGAUGUUCAACAAGAUAUUUGCACUAAGUGAACAUGCAGCUUUAUUUUAGGUCUUCACGGCUGUGAUCAGUUACGUGUAGGACGCAGCUCUGUAUUUUAUUCAAAUGUAAAGAAAUGUCUUUGCACGUCCUAUUGGUUGCUUAUCAUACUAAAAUAUGUCCCAAUUGCUUAUGUAUUCUUAGGUAUGAUGUACUGUUUGUCAGGAGUGUAUUUCUGAAUAUCUCCUCUGAAAAAUAUUUGAAAACAUGAUAAUUUCAGAUGGAAACAACACAGUUUUAUUUUAAAACCACUUGCAAGUACAUUGCUUAUCUGUGGGUAUGGAUGAGCGGUGCAGUGGGAAUACCUAAAGAUUCUUUACAUCAAGUCCAUGUAGCAUUUCUGUAGUCUUCAGGAGCGUCAUAGCAAAGAGUAAACUGAAUGUGAUCUAAAGACAAAGCGCACACUGAAAUGCAUUUUAAUUAGUGACACUGCCUGUUCUUUAUGUGAACCACAGAGAGAUGUUGUUUUAAAAUUGUAUCACUUAAUGUCUCUUCUAUUUCUGUUGUUUUUCUUUUUUUCAGCGUUGUGGUAAACUGCUAAGAAAGCCCACGAACUUUUGUGAUCUGAAACACUCUAUUAGCAGUGCUAUUACUUGUUUACAUCCAUCAGCUUAAAAAGUUCUUUACAUGUAAUCACACAGAGCAUCCCAGUUAUCGAAGACCAGUGCUGAUGCUUUGUUUGUAUUGUGGAAUUUCAGUUCUUGUCUCAUGUAAGUAAGGUUGGAAGGGAUUGGAUUUUGCAGAAUUAAUGGAGUAUAUAAGAGGGACUUAGAGGUGGUAAAAAGUCCUUAACAGCAGCUGUCCCUUUGGGUUCAGUGGGACUUGUCCUUCUGCAUGUCCCGAGUACUCAUGAGAAUUUCAUUAAAACAUUAAUAGCAUUGCUAGUGAAAGCAAGUACCAAAUGCUGCCUUGAUUACAGAAGCGGUAACAACAGCUUGUGCAGUUCCAGUCUGGUGUAUUCCUGCAGACCGUGUUUUUCAGUAUUACCUUGUGUUUGCACCAUGCAAUGGAUUCUGCUGAUAAGUAUGAUAAAGGCCUCUUGUUUCCUUCUGCUUUAUGACAAAUGAAUAUUCAUCAUGGGUCUUACAUUUCAUGUGGUGUAGCUUUGUGAGUUUGUAACAAAAGAGAAGGCUGCCUUUUAGCAUUAAUGCGAUUUGGAAUUGUUGUGACAUCUUGACGUAAUUGUGGCACCUUCCUGACUUCAUGCUCUGAGCAUCUACAGAAAAUAUCCAAGAGAGAAUAUAAAGUGAGUGCUGUGAAGUUUUGUAAAUGAUAUAGAAGUAGUGUAACAUUAAUAUGGAUUAAUUAUUGUUAGAGCCUUUACAAACGUAUCUGUACAUAAAAAUCCAAAUGCUUAUAUUUGAGUAACUAAAAAUGUAAAUUAUCUUCCCAAAUAUCAACUGGAUUAAAAAAAAGAAAAAGUGUCCCCAGGAAGGGAGCUCAGGGGGAAUGAUCACAUAGCAGCCAUCAGAGCAGCGUGAGAAACAGGCGCUGAAAUCAGGAUGUCAGGUGGCGGAUGCAGAGUUAGGGCUAAUGAAGUUAAGUUGGCGAGAUGGCAUCAGAAUAAUGAACCUACUGUUGGUGCCAGUGCUUGUUUGAUGACGGUGCUUCAAUUGAAGGCUUCAGAAAAAUGAGAUUUCAGAAAAGGCUUUUAAAAAAAUGAAUGCAUAAGAACUCCGAUAGCAUCUUUACUGCCAGCUUGCAUCUCCUGGGGAAAUAGAUGUCCAGUAGAAAAAACUCUGCAUCAGACAGAAGCGUAAGAGGAUUGUGUCCUAAAGUGAGAUGAGAAGCAGUUACAAUGGAAGUAAAAUUCAGAUUGUUAGCAGUGAGACUAAUUAAACAUUGAGAAACUUGCAUAGAGAUGUACUGCAUUCAGUAUGCUCUGAGGCUGUGAGACUACCAAUCUAUCUCCCCUGUCAAAAAAUCCCAAAUAAAUCUCCAUCCCAAACAGCAGCAGGUUAGUACGCUUUAGAAAAAAAAUCACAGCCCGCUGUAGAAAUGUUUGUUAUUUUGAAAACUGGAAGGAAAAGCACCAAACAUUCAAUUUUAUUUUGACUGAAUAAAUGUAAUUUUUUUUUGUAUCAAAUUUAAUUUUGGUGUGAAAGCCUGGUCAUAAGUGUAGCGAUCAGAAGGACCAACACGAUGGAAAAGGUGUUACAGAAGAGGUGGAAGGACCAGCACAAUAGCAAAGUACUACAAGGAAAGGGAAGUAGAUUGCUCACCUGUAUCAGAAGAUUUUGGGCUCGCAGGGAAAGACUUCCACCAAGGAGGGAUCUCCAGAAAGAGAUCCUUCCUUAGUGGCAGUCAGCCCUUAAAUGAGGCCUAUGAGGGGGAGCCUGGCUCACAGGUUUCCGUUCACACAGGUGAACUGCCUUCACCUGUGCUCCCAGGGCUGACUGGGUCUUUCCUCCAGGUGCUCAAUCAGUGGUUCAGGCCAUGACUCAGCAGUUCCCAUACAAUAUGGAAUCUGUUAAACUCCCAUUUUGAUGAUGUAAUGUAUGUCAGAUUUACACUUGUUGGGGAUAGGAUUCUAUAGUGAAAAUUCUGCAUCAAUUCAAGAGAAACCCUUAAAUCAUUUUGAGAUGCAGAUGUAUCCCUCUCUUAAAAGGUUCAUGGUUUCAUAUACAUUGCUGUCUCACCAUAUAAACAGAAUAAUCCUCUUCUGUUUUUCCACUGGGUAUUUUCAGGGUAAGCUUCUCGAAGAUAGUGCACAGAAGCAGCUUCAUUUAAGAUGCCUCUAUGAUGCAGUUUGUAGUCCUGCUCUGUGCUGUGUAACUGCAUACACUGGAUCUCAAAACUGAUUUUGAGCGAGGGUUUGGACUGAUGGUUUGGUAUGGCUGACAGUUGUGAUGCCCUCUCAGUAGGUACAAGAUCCUUGGAAAUCUUCAUAAGUCUGUUCAGCAAGGAGUCUGAAAUAGUGCAAAGUCUUCAUAUCCUUAUUUACAUCUACGCUGUUCAACAAUAUACAAAGCAUAAUUUAUAAAAAGUAUGGUAGGAUUUAUUUUGGCUAUGUAUUUGAAGACUGUUGAUCAGUAUCAAUCUGAGAUCUCAAAUGCCUUUUUUACCAUUUAAAAAUUCUCCUUUUUUCCAAUGACUCUUCAUGGACUGCCCUCCAAUGUAAAGUCAAAGAGGCGCUGCCAUGAGUUCUGUUCUGUGACCAUCUGUGAGGGUCUGUUUGGGAUCAGGUGAGGUAAGCAGCUGAUGCUUUUCUCUUGGCUCCUCGUGCAUUAUGUUUGGAUGUGUACAUUCCUGAAUUCCCACUGAAGACACUGGAUUUUCAAAGCUGAUGCACAUCAUAUUGUACAUGGAUAGUACUACUUCUCAUACCUCAUCCCUGCAUUAAACCUUUGAGCAGCCAUCGCCUGAUGGAGAAGGCGUUCUUAUGGAGUGGGAGAGGAGGCUGAGGCAGCCCAGCAGAGUGCUGAGUUGUCACAUAUAGAUGAAGGUUUUGAUCACACACUUACUUAAUGUAUAAAAUAUAGACACCACAGUGAUGCCCUGCUCAGUUACUCCCACCAGGGGGUACAUCCCAGAGGGACAGGAGAUGCGUCCUUGUGGCCCUGCCUGGAGUACCUCAGGAUGCAAAUCACUGCUCCUACCCUGGGAUCAUCCUGAUGGGUGAGCUUAAGCAGCCUGGCUGCAUUCUCUCUGUGCUGGCAGCCCUGCUCUGCUCACGGGGCUGUUUUGGGAUCCGGAUCCCAUCGUGACGUCAGGUACCUCAGUGCUUCUGUUGAAACCGACCCUCCGCUAGGGAGAGUGCAUGUGUGUACACAUAGAUAAAAAUACAACGUAGUUUGACUGGGGCAUACACAGCCUGCAUUUAACUACAGGAGCCGCAGCACUGGAAUGCGAGACAUGGCUGAGAAAAUAAUUCCAUCUGCAUGUUUCCCUGUUGACAAGAAUAGUGCCACUACAAUUCCAGACAGUGAGCUUCUCUGAACACUGGCGUAUUUUCAAUAUGCCUUUUCGCCUUUUAUAUAUAUUGUGUCAGCAUUUUAAAUGUUUCAGAGCUGUGUGUUAAGAGUGAUUUUUAUACUGAAAUGUGUGCUAAUAUUGGUAACACUGACAUGUUUCACUGUCUUUAUAGACCUCCUCUUUUGUAUGUUGUUUUUGAUAUUAAAAGACGCACAUUUUGCUAGCCUUAACUCUGUUCUUUCAUUCUGCUUUGUUAGAAAUGUUGAAAGAAAAGAAAUAAAACUGUCUAAUGUCUUUCAUGGUGCUAUAGUAAUUGUGAUCAACCUCAAAUUACCCUGAAUAAAGAUGGUAGUUCUUAAGUGCCCCA